AUGAUGACCUCCUUUAUCUCCGGCAAAAAGACCCGAGUGUGGACCACCUCCAUCUCGCUCAUGGCUGCCAUCGGUCUUGCUCAUGGACAAAUUGUUGUUGAACCAACUAUCCCAACAGGCGAACCAACUCAAGGACCAUCGUCGACUAUUUCAGCGUCAACGACAACAUCAACGUCAAGCACAACCACGACAACAACACCAACAACAACCAUAUCACCAACAGUCUCGUUUACCCCCUCUCCUACCCUCCCAUCCAGCAGCACUUCCGCCACACUGAGCCCUUCCCUCUCUCCUCCUCCUCCAGUCACAAGUACUGCCCCAUCGUCAACAAUUAACACCAACACCAGUACGGGCACCUCAAUCUCCACCGCUAUUGUUGUCCCCACUCCCUCUGGUACCUCUAACUCGUCCUCGUCCAACCUCCCCGUCAUUGUCGGCUCUGUUGCCGGUGCUGCAGCCCUGAUCAUCAUCAUUGCCACCGCCAUCAUCUGUCUACGACGCAAGAAACGCAACAACCGCGAUCUGACCUUUGAUGUCCUCGAGGGCAUGAACGCAGGUGGCGCCGGCGCCGCCACCUCUUCGCGCGCUCGUCAGAGCCAGCAACAUUACCGCGCCAAUGCCCUCCCCACACCCGCUCUCCCUCCCACCAACAUCAACACCUACGACGACGACGGAUACGACUAUGAUAACCAAGUCGGAGCGCAGGGGUAUGGUGGUCACCAGGGCUACGAUGACACUGGAUAUGACGCCUAUGGAAACCCUCACCACGCCUAUCAGAACCCUUCCAUCUUCCAGGAGGAUUCUAUGGCCUACUCGACCGCCAAUUCAAUGUCGGCCCGGAACAGACAGGGAUAUGACCAGAACCUGCCCGAGAUUGUCUACAGGAAUGGCAAUGACUUGAUUCAUCCCUCCGGUGGCGCUACGGGUUAUUAUGAGGACGACUUGUACAGCCAACAGAUUGCUGGAGCCAAUAAUGGAUGGGAUCAUCAGAACGCUGCUCCAGGUGGAUACAUUGGACCCAAGGGUCUCUGGAUUGCCAACCCGACUAAUGAGAAGCAAUACCAACAACAGCAACAGCCGUACCAGGACGAGAUGGAGUUGCAGCCACCAUUAUCGUCGAGCGGCAUGACCUACGAGAAGAACUCGAUCACCCAGUACGACUCGGACACCGCCGUCGACUCUUCCAGCCCCCCUAGCAAGUUCCGUGGCCACAACCCUCAGGCCCUGCCUGAAUCCCCUCGUCUGCAGCAGUUGAGAGGCGGCGAUCUCUUUGGACAGGAUGGCGGUUCUCCCUCCACCCCUACCUCGCCUCGCCCCGCCGAUGCCAAUGUGACGGUCGCAGCAGAACCUACACGCGCCGCAAGCCCUCCUCUUACCUCUGUGGGCGCAAGCGGAAGCCCUAGAUUGAUGAGCAGGGCCGAAAUGCGAAGCUUUGAAAUGACCAGACAUUCUCCUGGUCGGUCUUCUAGUGAGGGUGCACAGAGUUAUGCGGAUGAUUUGCCUAGCCCAGGACGACCUUCGGUUUCGGAUCGUCCCUCGAUGGAAGGCGGUGGAGGAUCCAACUUGAACCCUAACAAGAGUUUGCGGACUUUGCGCCGUGAGGACUGGUCAUAG